GUUUGACCCUGUGGGCAGUUUUGAAUAUUGCUUUGGGAGCGAGCUUUGAGGUUGGUUAGAGAAUGAACCCAAGUAGACUCGUAGAAGUCAAAAGCAAGUUUGGUGCCGAGUUCCGGCGAUUUAGUUUCAUGGCAGAGGAUACACUACAAUACAACGCUCUCUAUUCCCUACUUGAACGUAUUCACAUGUUGUUCAACAUCCCUUUUGUUAUUCAGUAUGUCGAGCCGAAAAACGCAGAUUUACUACCGAUAAGUAAUAACAAGAAUUUCGAAUUAGCUGUAAAUUCUUCAAAGCCCUUACUUAGAAUUUUACUUCAGCGAAAAGGUGAGAGUUACGGAGAAAUUUACGGGUAUAAAUCUUCUAAACACGGUCUUAUACAUCGAGGAGCGGCCGACACUCUUCGGAACUUCGGUGGCAGUGAGAAACAUCGUCGAUCUGAAAAACCUGUCAUAAGUGUUAUGAGUGACUUCCACUUGGUCUCAUCGAUACUGGAUGUUGAUAUUAUACCAUGGACAUUAAGACGUGUAAGCCUGAUCCGUUCACCUGGUAAACAAUUCGGUUUAAAUAUUCGUACUGGUGCUAUUCAAUAUUAUACUAAAAAUGGUUAUGAAACUAUUCCAGCCUUUUUUAUAUCUCGUCUAGCCGAAGAUGGGAUUGCUUAUAAUACUGGUUUAUUAGCUGUGAAUGAUGAAAUAAUUGAAGUGAAUGGUAUAGAAGUUUACGGUAAAUCAUUAGAUCAAGUCAAUGAUAUGAUGGUUGCUAAUAGUUCAAAUUUAAUUAUUACUAUUCGACCAGCUGAUCAAAGUAUGUGUUUAGUUCCAAGAGAAAUUUCACGUUCACGAUUUUCACAAAGUUCUGAUCUUUUAUAUGGUCCACGAAAAAAUAUUCCAAUAACUGGACGUAGUUCACCACUAUUAUUAUCAUCAACAACAACAACAAAUUAUCCUCAAUCUCAAUCACAAUAUAUUCCAUCUCAAUUAUUGUCAUCAUCAUCAUCAUCUCAUCCAUUAACAACAAAUGUUGUAUCCUCAAAUAAUCAUAAUCCAUUAACUAGAACAAGUGGAUUUAAUGGUGAUUCAACAAUUCAAAUUAAUGAAGAAAUUGAAAGUGAUGAUGAUAUGAAUGUUGGAUUAAUUACAAUAUAAAUGGUAUUCAGUUUAUUAUUUGUUCUAGUUUAUACAUUCCUAUUUAUUUCAUACAUAUACACAUUUAUAUAUGGUUGAAAUCUCAUAUCAAUUUAGCACAAGGUAAUGAACCUUUUUUUUGUUGUUGUUGUUGUUGAAAGACCUAUCUCCUAUUGAUAUCUAUUAGUACUGUUUUGUUGCUUUUUCUUUUUCUAGCAAACAUUUUGUGUUAUACUUAAGGCGGACCCAUUGAGUACCCUUCAAUACGAUGGGUUUAUUGAGACUAAAUGAAUUUUGUGCAUUAUCUACAUGUUGAUUGCAUCUAAGCCGUGUUAUUCAUUCUUCUUCUUCUUCUUCUUCUUCUUCUUCUUCUUCUUCUUCUUGACAAUUCUCUAUAGAGAAAAGUAAAUAUAAAGUAUUAUGUAAGAGCUUAACAUAUCAUCCUAGAUACAUACAUAUACAUGUAGAUAAUUUAUUUGUGAUCAUCUUUGACAUUAUAACUCUUUCUUCUUUCAUUUCCAUUAUAGAAUUAAACAACAUUCUAUAAAUAAUUUUUUUAUUUUCAUGAAGAAAACAACAAUAAAUUCCAAAGUUUAAAAAAAAGGGUUUUUUCCCUCCCUCUUUCUCUCUCCCUCUCUCUCGCUACUCCCCUCUCUUGCCUUUUUUUUUAUCUCUGUUCCUUACAUCUUGAUAGAAACAAACAAACAAACAAACAAACACAGACACACACACACAGAAACAUUCAAACAUACAAUUAAGCUCAUACAUAUAUAAACUAUUUUACAUGAAUGAUUCAAUUGAUGAACUGUAAUUCAUUUGUUUAUUUUAAUUUUCUCUUGGAUAUAUAUAUAUUUUUCCGGUUACUAAGUAGUAUAUUAUGUCUGGUUACCUUUUCUGAUUAUGGAUAUGGGCUCUUUUUUUGUUUUUUUGUUUUGUUUGAUAUUAUUUCACUGGUUUUCUAUGGAUAUAUUUAUUAUACCUACACAUAUCAAUCGAUAUUGCUCAAUCGACUACUCAUAAAAUUGCACAUGAAGUAAUUCUUUUUAAUUUAUAUAUUUACUUUUUCUUUUUUAUAAACAAACAAACAAACAAACAAACAUGAAAAACUUGACAAAGUCCUUAUGAUAUAAUUUACUUUUGCAUCAAGUUGUACUGUUUAGAAAAAAAAAGUGAUUUUUAGUA